GUGAAGGCAUGAAAGCAUCCACAACGAGGCUCGUUGGGCAAGCUCGAGAGCUCCGCCCAUCGUCGCAACCCCGAUUCAAAGGGCGGCUUUUCACAGAUAGCCCAACACGAACAAAAAUAAGGACGAUUGCAUGUGUCUUUAGAAAAUAAAUCAAAAUUUAUAAGUGUUUAUCGAUGAUGACGUUGCAUAUUUUUAUUUUUCUUUAUAAUUUCAAAAUAAUCAUUGUACGGCUAUAUUUUAAAAUGGUUUUUUUUACCCCAAAAUCUCUAUAAAUAUCAAUUCAUUUCGUUUAUUUUUGAUAUCAAAUUGAUUGCAUAUUUGCAUUACAUAUUUUGGAGGCCGCGAGUCAAUUGUUGGAGUUGGCGCCACCACAGUAAGAAACCAGAGUUCCCGCCACCCCGCGGCGCAAACGGCUUCAGAAAUCUCCACAGCAAUGGCGGCCCCUGGCAAAACCCUAAUCGACUUCUUCCAGCAACCGGCGGCGAAGCGCCUCAAGAGAGUCUCUCCGCCUCCUCAUAAGGACGACGCUGCCGCCGCUUCCUCCAUGUCAACGAUGUCCAUUUCGCCGGAGCAGAAGCGGAGGAUGGAAUACAACAAAGCCCUCGCCUUGUCCAAGCGGAACCUCAAACUCUGCUCUGAUAAACUAUCCAAGGCAGUUGCUACAGGGGUGGGGUACGUAAAGUUGGAGGAGCUACUGGUGGAGCAGACCUGGUCAGAAGUGCUAUCUGGCGAGCUGCAAAAGCCUUAUGCAAGAAAGUUGUGUGAAUUUGUGGAGACUGAAAUAUGUGGUAGCACACCAAUUUACCCUCCCCAGCAUCUGAUUUUUAAUGCUCUUAACACCACCCCAUUUGACUGUGUAAAGGCAGUUAUUAUUGGACAGGACCCAUACCAUGGACCAGGCCAAGCAAUGGGCCUCUCUUUCUCUGUGCCGGAAGGCAUCAAAGUCCCUUCAAGUCUUCAAAACAUAUAUAAAGAGCUCCAGAAAGAUAUGGGAUGUACAAUUCCAUCUAAUGGGAAUCUUGAAAAAUGGGCUAUACAGGGUGUCCUGCUGUUAAAUGCUGUUCUAACAGUUAGACAGCAUCAGGCUAACUCUCAUGCCAAAAAAGGGUGGGAGCAGUUUACUGAUGCUGUAAUUGGAGCAAUUUCACAGAAAAGAAGAGGAGUUGUUUUCAUCCUUUGGGGAAACUAUGCCCAGGCGAAAUCCCGGCUGAUAGAUGAAUCAAAGCACUAUAUUCUCAAAUCAGCACAUCCUUCAGGUUUAUCUGCAAACAGGGGCUUCUUUGGAUGCAGGCACUUUUCUCGGACAAACCAGAUCUUGGAGAAAAUGGGAGUGUCUCCAAUAGAUUGGCAGCUGUAGUGCAACAGAAGGACGUUCCCAUGUUUUGCAACCUCGACUCGGAGUCUGAGGUCUUUUUGUCAUCGUGUCUCAUCUGCUGAUAUGUAUAGUUAUCAACUUCCCGACCCCGUAUUGCAGUUGUAGUCUUUCCCUCUAACUAUCUACAUCUGUAGGUUCUACUGUGAAGAUGUUCUUAUUUCAGAUUAUGGUACAUUCCAGCUCUUCAUCUUCUUA